AGAGCUCUCCUAGAGGGGAAUAGAUUUGAAAGAGCUCUUCUGGGGAGGAAUAGAUUUAGAAGAGCUCUCCUGGAGAGGAACAAAUUUGGAAGAGCUCUUCUAGGGAGAAAUAGAUUUGAAAGAGCUCUUCUGUGGAGGAAUAGAUUUAGAAGAGCUCUCCUGGAGAGGAAUAGAUUUGUAAGAGCUCUUCUAGAGAGGAAUAGAUAUGGAAGAGCUCUUCUAGAGAGGAAUGGAAUUGGAAGAACUCUUCUAGGGAGGAAUAGAUUAGGAAGAGCUCUUUUGGGGAGGAAUAGAUAUGAAAGAGCUCUUCUGGGAAGGAUUAGAUUUGAAAAAGCUCUUUAG